AUCCAUGUUACGUGACUUGUAUUUGUCUAUACUAUAUAUAGAUAGACUCUAGUGUAUCGCUCAUAUUGUUAAUUAUAACAUCUUAACCAAUUAGUAGCCUGAAAAUUGAGUUGGUUGAUUUCUCCGAAUGGAAGAGAGCAAAACUGCCGGUAAACCCAUUCGAUGCAGAGCGGCGGUUGCUCGGAAAGCAGGGGAGCCACUGAGCAUGGAAGAAGUGAUCGUGGCUCCACCGGAAUCCGGUGAAGUCCGCCUUCGAAUUAUUUGCACCUCCUUGUGCUACAGUGACGUUACGUUCUGGAAAAUGAAAGAUCCUCCUGGAUAUUUCCCAAGAAUACUUGGUCACGAAUGUUUCGGGGUUGUCGAGAGUGUUGGGGAGAAUGUCAGUGAGGUAACUGUAGGGGACACUGUAAUCCCAGUUUUUAUGCCAGAUUGCGGAGAAUGUGGAGAUUGCAUAUCUAGCAAGAGCAACCUUUGCAGCAACUUCCCUUUUGAAGUUGUUCCCUGGUUGCAUAGAGACCAGAAAAGCAGAUUCACUGACCUUAAUGGAGAAACUUUGCAUCAUUUCUUAUAUAUUUCAAGUUUCAGCGAGUAUACGGUGGUGGAUAUUGUUCACAUUGUUAAAGUUGAUUCUAGGAUCCCACCGAAUAGGGGAUGCCUCCUCAGUUGCGGAGUAUCCACAGGGGUAGGUGCUGCCUUGAAAACUGCAAAUGUGGAAGCUGGAUCGACUGUCGCCAUCUUUGGACUUGGUGCUAUAGGAUUGGCUGUCUCAGAAGGAUCAAGACUUUGUGGAGCAAAACGAAUAAUUGGUGUCGAUGUGAAUGAAGACAAAUAUGAGAUAGCAAAAAAAUUUGGAGUGACGGAUUUUGUAAACUCUCUCACAUGUGGCGAAAAAUCUGUGAGCCAGGUGAUUUUAGAGAUGACUGAUGGUGGCGCAGACUAUUGCUUUGAAUGUGUUGGUAUGGCAUCCUUAGUGCAUGAGGCUUUCACUUGCUGCCGAAAGGGAUGGGGGAAGACGGUUGUUUUGGGAGUGGAUAAGCCAGGCUCAAACUUGACCUUGUCUUCUGGUGAGGUUCUUCGGUCAGGAAAGACUCUCACAGGAUGCCUGUUUGGAAGCCUUAAACCAAAAUCUGAUGUUCCUAUGCUUGUAAAACGAUAUUUGGACAAGGAGCUGGAACUGGAUAAGUUUGCGACUCAUGAAGUCAAGUUUGAAGAUAUCAACAAGGCAUUUGAAUUACUUUUGGAGGGAAAGAGCCUGCGAUGUAUAAUUUGGAUGGACCAAAACAAAUAGGAAAGUUCCUGCAGCCUUCUGCACUCAGCUGCCAGCUGCAAUAAGUGAAGAAAUUCAAGUGUAGUUACAUUUAUAUGCAAUAUUACCCCUUUGAGAUCAAUAAACAUAUCUGGAUUCUGAACGCUUUUAUAAAAUUAUUUAAUUAUUUAAUUAGAA